CGAAAUUAUUGAAUAAAGAAAAACGAAAUUAUUAAAAAAAAAAGAAAAACGGAAUUAUAAAAAAAGAAAAAAAGAAAUUAUUUAAUAAAAAGGAGAGUGAGGGAGAAAGAGAAAAUAUCAACUGAAACAAAUACUUCAAUCUAAUGUUUGAAGUAAAUUGUCAAUAAUUGUUUAACGGUAUACUUAAUUUGUUGAUGUGUGGCAUUAUGCAUAGAAGAUCAAGAGGGUGGCUGUUUCUGCUUGAUUAAAAUUAAUGACAUCCAAUUCAAAGAGCGCUUGAAUCGCUGAAAGGUCAAGACCUUGCGUAUCGUAUUAUAAAAUUCCCUCCGGGAUAAGCCUAGCGCCCCAUCUGUAUAUUCAUAAAUCACGGGUUGUUGAAACAAUAACGAGGAUGAUUUGAUUACUUCGUGGAUAUUUUUACUUCACCAUUCCCCUCAUUUCAUAAGGACGUCGCUAAAAUGGCAUUUUGUUCUUCUUGUGGAUCACCUAAUCAGAAUGAUAAUUAUUGCUCAAAGUGUGGGAAGAAAAUUGACAAGUCCUUGGGUAUGUAUAUGUACAGAUUCUCUCUUUCGGGCUCCCCCCCCCUCUCUCUCUCUCUCUCUCUCUCUCUCUCUCUCUCAUAUAAACAACUUCUACAUUGUAGUUAUCCAUCACAAAUACAAUGUGUGGUAUUUACAGAAACUACAGGCACUGAAAGAACAAAACAUGUAACAUUACCAACUUUUGAUGAGUUUCAAAGCUUUAGAAGAGAAAAAGAACAGGAACGGAGAACUACAUUUCCUUUCUCUAAAAAGGGUAGAAAAUGCGAAGGGCGUGUCAAGAUAACUGUAGGUUUAAUGAGAUGCAACGCAGGGGCACCAAAGUACGUAAGAGGUAGUGGCGUUACCUUGGAAGUCCUACCAAGUAGCACUGGUGGUGACUUAAUAAGAUUAGCACAGGAAAAGCAUAUCCUUCUUAAUAAAGGUCUACCAGAUACCAGUUACGUUCUUCUGUAUAAAGAUGGUUCGUUAGCUACCUGUAUUCCUGGCACAUCAUCUCCCAUGACCCUUCGUGGAUACAAGGAAUUUCUUGGAUUUCCUUAUCAAAAAGUACCACUAUAUAUAUGUCCAAAAACGGAGUACGAAAAAGUUCAAAAAGACUCCGACUCUGACGAGUUACCCGAAAUAAACUUGGAUGAUUCUUGGGACUCGUCAGGCACUCCAGAAAUAAAGUUUCGGAAAAAAAGAACCCAAACCAACAUUCAAAGACAAAAGGACGACCAGCCAUCAACUAGUUCUUCGAUGUCAGGGGCACAUUGCUUAAAUUACAGUGAGUACAUCACCAUAUUGCCAGAUGAAAGCGAUGAUGAAGAGGAUGAAACAGUUUCACCACUACCGCCCCUUCUUGAUAAGGAAGAGGACAAUGUUCAGGAAGUAGUUUCUACAACGGUCAAAGACAUUUUGAUGGAUCUUAGUCAAAAAAUUAAGAAGACAGAGAUAAACAGAUUCAACAUCAAUAGAAAUCAAAUUUGUGCUCUUUCGUUUGCAUUAUCCACGUUAAGAUGCCAGACUGCAGAAUAUACAUGA